AUGGAGAUGGAGAAAACAGAAGGAGAAAUCAUAUCUAGGGAUCGGUUUACAGCACCACCCCCUUCUCAGUUUAUCUUCUCAAUAUGUAGCUCGAUUUUCAGAUCUAUCACCAGAAAACCCACCUCAACCACACCCUCUAGUACCAUGGUAAAUCUUCAACAUAUCGUCUCCAAUCUUCGAUCUCAUCGCCUCCGUCCAAAUCCAAGGGUCUCCCAAAUUACGAUCUUUCUUCUUCUACGUCGGAAACCCUCUGUCCUUGUCGUCCUUCUUCUUCGUCGAAAACCCUCUGUCGCCGACGUCUGCGGUGACUGUUAUCGCCGUGACAGAGAUAGAGAUAGGGACAGGGAACGGGAUAGGGAAAGGGAACGCGAUUCUGAGCGGCGGAACCGCGAUAGAGAACGUGAUGAAGAGAACAAGGCUAGGGAAAGAGCUUGUUUAGAGAAGCUUGCAGAGCAAGAGCGCGAGAAGGAGCUCGAUGCCAUCAAGGAGCAGUACUUGGGAUCGAAGAAACCUAAGAAAAGGGUUAUUAAACCCAGCGAUAAGUUCCGUUUUUCCUUCGAUUGGGAGAACACCGAGGACACUUCUCGUGAUAUGAACAUUCUCUAUCAAAACUCUCACGAGGCUCGUCUUCUGUUUGGAAGAGGUUUCCGCGCUGGCAUGGAUCGCAGGGAGCAGAAAAAAUUAGCCGCAAAGAACGAGAAAGAGUUGAGAGACAAGAUUAGGAAGAAGGAUGGGAUUGAGGAAAGGCCAGAAGAGGCUGCUGCUCAGAGACUCAAGGAAGAGGCUGCUGACAUAUACGAUACAUUUGACAUGAGAGUGGAUCGCCACUGGUCUGAGAAGAAACUAGAGGAAAUGACUGAGAGAGAUUGGAGGAUCUUUAGGGAAGAUUUCAACAUAUCUUACAAAGGUUCCAGAAUUCCCAGGCCUAUGAGGAGUUGGGUUGAAAGUAAACUGAGCAAUGAGCUAUUGAAAGCUGUUGAGAGGGCUGGUUACAAAACCCCAUCUCCCAUUCAAAUGGCUGCCAUUCCUCUUGGUCUCCAGCAAAGAGAUGUCAUUGGGGUUGCCGAGACUGGUUCAGGUAAAACAGCUGCCUUUGUUCUUCCAAUGUUGACUUACAUCACCAGACUCCCUCCUAUAAGUGAAGAAAACAAGGCUGAGGGACCAUAUGCACUUGUCAUGGCACCUACCAGAGAACUUGCACAGCAAAUCGAGGAUGAGACUAACAAGUUCGCCCAUUAUCUUGGCAUCAAAGUUGUUUCCAUUGUUGGUGGACGCCCAGUUACAGAACAAGCAUUUGAGAUUAGCCAAGGGUGUGAAGUUUUCAUUGCUACACCUGGGCGACUUAAAGAUUGCCUGAAGAACCAAUAUGCUGUUCUAAACCAGUGUAACUAUAUUGUUCUUGAUGAGGCUGACCGUAUGAUUGACCUGGGUAUGGAGCCCGAAGUUGUAGAGGUUCUGGAUGCAAUGCCAUCAAGCAACUUCAAACCCGAGAAUGAAGAUGAAGAACUUGAUGAGAAAAGAAUCUACAGAACCACUUAUAUGUUCAGUGCCACCAUGCCUCCAGCUGUGGAGAGACUAGCCAGGAAAUACUUGAGAAACCCUGUUGUGGUUACAGCUGGAACUGCAGGAAAGGCAAACGAUCUCAUUACACAGCAUGUUAUCAUAGUAAAGGAAUCAGAGAAAAUGCAUAGGCUGCAAGAAUUGCUUGAUGAAGUUGUGGAUAAGAAAGUCAUUGUGUUUGUUAACACUAAAAUAACCGCUGACCAUGUAUCCAAGAAACUGGAAAAGUCAGGUUACCGUGUGACAAUCUUGCGUGGUGGCAAGUCACAAGAACAGAGGGAAACGAGUCUUGAAGGUUUUAGGACAAAAAGAUUCAAUGUAUUAGUUGCUACAGAUGUUGCAGGGCGUGGGAUUGAUAUUCCUGAUGUGGCUCAUGUCAUAAACUAUGACAUGCCUGGUAAAAUUGACAUGUAUACUCAUCGAAUAGGGCGUACAGGUCGUGCAGGGAAGACGGGUAUAGCUUCAACAUUCUUGACUCUUCAUGAUACUGAUGUGUUUUAUGAUUUGAAGCAGAUGCUGACACAGAGCAACAGUCAUGUGCCUCCUGAACUUGCCAGGCAUGAGGCUUCAAAGUUCAAGCCUGGAUCCAUUCCUGAUAGACCACCUAGAUGA